AUGGCAUGCCGGCCCAGGCAGCUACGGAGCAGGCGGCGCCUGCACGCACUCACCGCCGCGGCGUGCCAGAGAGGUCAUCGGCGGUUCCAGGCGCUGCAGGUCGGCGGCGAUUGCGUGCGCGACGCGUCUGUGCUGCACGCACAGUGGAUUUACACUAGUGUAAUUCUUAUUGAAGGAACAUUUGUAAUUCUUAGUGGAGUUACACUUGAUCUUAGUGGAUUUGCACUGAUUAUGGGUGUUUAUGGAUACUUGCCUGAUAAUGAUUUUUGUGUAAUUCUUAGUGUAUUUACAGUAGGAAUCACCGCCGCCGGCCUCCUCCCGCCUACAGCGACGGAGGCGGACGCCGGGCUGGGUCGGACGCCCACGUGGAAGGAGCGGGAGAACAACAAGCGGUGCGAGCGCCGGCGCCGGGCCAUCGCCGCCAAGAUCUUCACCGACCUCCGCGCUCCCGGCAGCUACAAGCUCCCCAAGCACUGCGACAACAACGAGGUGCUCAAGGAGCUCUGCCGCGAGGCCGAAUGGGUCGUGGAGGACGAUGGCACCACCUACCGCAAGGGAUACAAGCCACCGUCGUCCGGGCCGUUUGGUGGGGUCUCGUCGGUGGGCAUGAGCUCCUGCUCAUCCUCCCAGCUGCUCAGUGCGUCGUCAUCGUCGUUCCCGAGCCCGAUGCCUUCCUACCACCCCAGCCCGACGUCAUCCAGCUUCCCGAGCCCCACGCGCCUCGACAACCCCAGCCCCGCCUACCUCCUCCCAUUCCUCCGUGGCCUCCCCAACCUGCCCCUGCUCUGGGUCUCCAACAACAGGGGGUGA